UUGGAGCAAUCCGGACUGUGCACUUGCGAUCGUUUGGCAUGAUGAUAUUGUAUGAUGUUCGAGGUCCUUCUGCCGUCUGGCGACUCGCGAAUGUGGGAGAUUGAUGUUCAGGUACGUCACCGAUGAGGAAGGAGCGACUGAAGCUAUGGCCAGUCACGCCGCUUCUGGAGCUCUUUAGGUUAGUGCUCACACCCUUCACGUGAAUCACUGGAGUACGGCUUGGAGGAUGCGAAGGAGCGGGAAAAUGCCAACGUUGUCUCUAUUGCACUCGUGUGCGCGUCAAACAUCGAAUUGAAGACGCAAGGCACAGGACUCCAGUUUUCGGCGAUCUCCCCACAAAGAAUGCGCGCUAUCCACACGUCUUUGCGCAAGAACAGGGAACCCCUAUCCGCCAGAAUGCUUAUCCCACGGAAAGCUGUUGGGGCCCUGACGUUCAUCCUGUGCGUCGCGGGUGUGUUUGUUUUCUCCCAUUCAAUUGUGCAAUGGUCGGCGUAUCUCUUUGGCAGCCAUGCUCCACUGAUACCGUACACUACGCACGUUGUCCUGUUCCAAUUCAAGGAAACGGCCACUAGCUUCGCGGUCAAGGAGAUCACGUCAAAGUUCUUUGGUCUGAAGAAGUCGUGUGUUCACCCAGACACGCGCAGGCCGUAUAUUUUGUCGAUUACUGGUGGAAAAGAUACGUCCAUUGAGGGCCUGCAGAACGGAAUCAGCCACGCUUUCGUCCUCAGAUUCAGUUCGGAGGAGGAGCGAGACUAUUACGUGAAGGAAGAUCCUGCGCACCAAGCGUUCAAGGACGCUGCCGCCGCGAUGGUGGAAAAGACGAUAGUCGUUGACUUCCAAGAGGGCGUAUUUACUAACGCAUAGUGAACUCAGGAAGAGCAUGUGUUAAAAGUGUAGCUGUGAACUGCCCUGGCCUGGUGCUUAGGGCCCAACGUACAUACGUGGCAAUAGAACAUACAUCAUACUAG